AUGCGUCGUUGGCUUAUUUUGAUAUUGGUGUCGAUUUUGGUGACAACGACAAAUGCACAAUUCGGUGAAAUUGCCUCGUUGGCCACGUCAUUGCUUGGAAGUGCUCUUGGUGAGUUUUGAAUCUGGGAUUUGGGUGUGUGAUGGUAUUGGCUCAAGAUUUUUAAUCAUACUUGAAUAUUUGUUAUGUUUAGCAUACUUUUUGUUUUUUGAUCAAGUUCUAAAAAUUCUACGAUUUUUUGAGGAUCCCAAUUAAAUUGUUUUAAUGUUCACAGUUUUCAUUUCUCAAACUUUUGAGAAAAAACAUGGCAACUUUGUUUCUAAUUAUCAUUAUUCAUUACCAAUUUUCAUUAUGAAAUUAUAAUUUAAACUUUUCAAUUUCCAAAGAAACAUUCCAAUCCAUCACGUUUUAUUUGGAAAUGAACAGAGAAAGUGGAUCAAAAGUUUUCUAACGGCAAUUUUCACAAUAUAAUUGUUUUUUUUUGUGAAAUCGAAACUUAACACAAUUUUAUUUUCAAUUUCAUUUUCUAGUAACAUAAUUAGUUUUUAAAAUUCCUGAACCUGCUUUACCAAAUCUUCAAAAUAAUCUAUAUAGUUUUUUUCCCGUAAAAAUCCACGAAAAAAUUCUAUUGAAUCGAGAUAAAAAGCUUGAAACAUUUCAAUGUGUGUAUUAUCAAUUUGAAAAAUCAUCAUCAUCAACGUCAAAAAAACUAUUAUUUCAAGAAAAAACACGCUUUCUUUCUCAAAAAAAAGAUGAAUUGUUUGUUUCGUUUUUUUUCCUUCGGAGAUUAAUCAGAUAAUUCGGUCGAUUUUUGAAUCGUCAAGCUAAUCGUUGACUAAUUAUCCGACAUAUUUGGAUUGAAAUGGAAACUUGAACAAGUUGAUUUUUCGUGAAAGUAUGAAAGUGAGAGGAAUAAAAUUUUAUAUUUCAGGUGGUGGUGGAGGAAUUGGUGCACUAGCAGGAGCCGGCGCUGCUGGAGCUGGGGCUGCUUCACAAGCUGGUGGAGCUUUGGCUCAAAUUGGUCAAUGUGGGUUAAAUUUUUCAAAAUAUUUAAAGUUACUCUCAAAAAAUAUAACAAUUUUCAGUGUAUCAAUUGGCUCAAGGAGCUCUCCAACUUACUGGAACUGGUGUUGGAGUAUUGAACCAAGCAUCUGAAGGGAAUUGGUUUCCAGCUGUUCUAGAACAAACAGCAAAAAGUUCACGUAAGCUGAAAAUACCCAAACAUUAAAUAAAUGUUUUUUCUAGAAUCUCUCAUGAGACCUGGAGGAGCUGGUGGAUUAAACCUUGGAGCUCUUGGUCCAGCACCAGCUAAACCAGGAGCAGGACUUGGUCCCGAAUUUGGAACAAGUUUCCCAGCGCCAAAUAUUGAUGAUUAUGAUGAGAAUGCGGAAAUUCCGGGGUUCGGAAAAAGAGAAAGAAAAAGAAAACUCCAAGUCCACCAGAUGGUUUGAUUGAUAUUGAUUCGGGAGAUUAUGAAGGUGAAGUUGUACAAGCUACUACAACAUUGCCGCCAGCAUCGACCACCAUUUCGACGACUACUACGGAAUUGGUUACUUUGUUCCCAGAGGAUGGAGUGAGUAGAAAUAGAAGGGAAAGGGAUGUUAGAAAGAUUAAAGAUUUUAAAAUUUGAAAAACGGAAAUAACAUUUAAUAGGGAUCUUCAUCAUGAUUUUAUUUUUGAAACCACCCUCUCCUUUUUUUCAAACCACAAUAAACUUUAAUUCCAGGAAGAAGUGACUCCAGAGCCAACAACUCCUACUUCCCGCCAAAUUCGAAUUCAAUUGCCGGACAAAAACGGGAAUUCGGGAGUCGGUACAGAAGAAGAAUUGGAUUAUGAAGACUUGGUAAGUUUUUUCUCAUCUCAAACCUUCUCUUUCAUAACGCGAUUAAUUCAAUACAACAAUUAAUUGUUGUAGAUUAAAAAUAGUAAAUCGAAAACUGGAACACCAGAGAAAGUUGUUUUACCAACGAUUGAUGCAGAAAGUUCAGAGGUUUGUUGUUUUCUGCUGGGUUCAUCAAAACAAUUUAUUACAUAGUUACAGGAACUAAAGAAAAAUGUCAUUACUCAUGGAACAAAGACAAAACCAAUUGUACCAAAACUCGAUAAGCUUGUAGAAGUAUUACAAAAAGAGUAAAUUAUCACGAGAAGAGAUUGAUGAGAUUGUUUCACAAGUUGAGGGAAACAAACGAAUUGAAAAACCACCAAAAUAUGAUUUCAAUUCGGGAGUUCAAAAUAUCAAUGAGAAGAAAAAUGAGAUUAGACAGAAAAUUACUGAUGCUUCAAGACAAAUUAAUGCAAACUUGGAGAAUCAAGGAAAUGAGAAUAGACAAACUAUUGAAUCAACUGUUAAUGAAUUGAAGGUCAUUCCUGAUUUAUCCAAUACUGUGGUAAGUUUUUUUCGCUGGCUGUGAGAAGUUUCGGAAAAACCGGGCAUCAUUAUUUCUCUGUUGAAUUUUAAUUUAUGGAUUUCCAUUUUCAAAACACAAAAUCCAAACUUUAUGCUAAUCGAAGUGAUACGAAUAGACUUUUUGAACCUAUGGGGUUUUCGAUAUAAAAAUUAGGAACCCAUAUGAAAUAUUUCUAAAUUUUUUAAACUACUAUUAUUGUUAAGAAUCACAGGGUUUUAAUGGAUAACUUCUUGAGUGCUAAAUCUACUUGUUUGUAGUCUAUACAACCCGAAAGUUCUAAAAAACAAAAAUUUUCAGGUUCCAACAUUGGCUCCACGAGUGAUUGCUCACACUCUCCCAACAAUCCCACGUCAUAUUCCACAACCUCGUUCGGUAGCAACUCCUCUCGCAGUUCCUGCAUCAGCUCCAGCCCCAGCAGUAGCAGCAUCGACUCAAGUUCAACAAGCCACAGUUGCUCCACAACCACAAGUUGCUCAGCCACAACCAGCUGCUCAAAACUAUCUCUACCCACAACAAACUUACCAAACCCAACAACAACAACAACAGUAUCAACAAUACUAUUAUCAUCAACAGGUUUGAUUUUUUCUCUUGAAUACUAUUUUGAAAAACCUGAAACAUUUUUUUCAGCAACCAUACGGUCAACAAACGCAAAAUUAUUGGGGAUAUAAUCAAGUAAGUAUAUAAUUAAUGUUUUUUGUACAUAAAAAAUGGUGGAAAACAUACAUAUUUUUUUAUUUUUUAAGUAUGGUCAACCACAGUACUACACAACUCAAGUGCCACAACAACCACAAGCUAAUUAUUAUUAUAACCAGGUGAGGAAAAACAAUCUAGGAGAUUUUAGUUCUCUGCAUAGCUGGAAUUACUGUAACUUGAAAAUCAAUUUGAAAGAGUCUUAUGAACAUUUAUUUUCAAUCUUAUUCAGAAGUCCUCAGGUGUAUAGAUUUUUUUCGAAGAAUUGGAACCUGAAUUCCAAAAAAACAUUGGUGUAAUUGUUAAAAUUCAUGCUAUCUUGAUUUUUCGAAAGCAGUUUUAUAGUAUAUUUUGAAUGAAAAAAAUUCGGAACUUAAAAAAACUAGAAAUGUCUUUAUAGAAUCAGUAUUAUCAACAGCAACAACAACAACAAGCUCAAAGAGUUGCUCAACCUCAACCACAACAACAAAUAUAUCAGCAAUUGCCAGCUCAGCCACAACCUCAACCUCAACAGCAAGGACUUCCAGCUCCAACCAGAGUUCCAGUCGCAGCACCUACUCCAGUUAUAGUUCAACAAACAACACCUCCACCAGCCCCACAAGCAACACAAAAUCCAAAUCAAGUGUUUCAUUAUUAUCAUGAUGGUCGACAGAUUAUUCAACAAAUUAUUCCAAAACAAUUGGUUCAACGGAAUAAUCUUCCGUUGAAUGGACCUUUCAAAUCACAAAAUGUGAAUGCUGCACCAACUGAUCAGAACGAAUAUUUGAGAAGACAGAGAGCACUCUCACAGGUAAGAAGCAUUUUUGAAAAUAUUUUAUGUAGGGAAGAGACAUUGAAGCCUUGUUUUCAAAUUGUUGUUAAUAAAAAUUCAAUUGUUUCUUCCUCUCUGAAAUAUUUAUUUAAUCUCAUCAUAGUUUCUUCAGAAGUCUCAUUAGUUUUCAAUGAAUUUUUUAGGCCUAUACUCAACCACGAACACGAACCAAUGCAGUUGCUCACCAAGCUUCAACUCAAAACAUUCCAAAUCCAAAACCAGCUCCAAAAAUUUUUGAAUCAACAGUUAGCGCAACUGGACACAGUCAAGGUAACUUUCUCUUUCCUCCUCAAAAUUCCAGAACUCCUCAGACAUUUCUUUAAUUCAGCACACGCUAUCCGAACAUAUCAAGCAACUGCAAACACAGCGGCGCGUGUUCAACAAAAUCCUGUUCAACCAUCAGCAAAACCAAGAAAAUUGGUGCAACCACCAGCGCCAGUUCGAAGCACUGGAAGAUUUGCAACUUCUCAAAAACGACCAGUAAUGAGUGGACAUGUUAUUCCUGGACCAACAAUUGAUCAUAGAGUAUGUUGAUUUUUUUUUCAUAUUGAAACCGAGUGAUGAUUUUUCAGAGUAUUCAAGAAAAACGAACAACAGCCAAACCACGAUUUGCUCGUAUGCCAUAA